UAUUAAACUCCAUCAGUGCUCCCUUUGUACCACGUCUGUGUCUUCCUGCUGUCCUUCCUUGCUGGUGACAGGCUUCUUCCAUCCAGCUGGCUGUGCAGAAGCAGAGUCCUCCAGGCCAGAACAGCACCUUUUACUCUGCUUUGCUCCUUGCUUCUCUGGGAGAGGGAAUAGGCUCCAGAGAUGGAUCUGUCCUACAGAUCCACCAUCUCCAUCUAUAAGAGUAUCCUGGAGCAGUUCAACCCUGCGCUGGAGAACCUGGUGUACCUGGGGAACAACUACCUGCGUGCCUUCCACGCAUUGUCCAAAGCAGCUGAGGUGUAUUUUAAGGCAGUUGAGAAGAUUGGGGAGCAAGCACUGCAGAGUUCCACCUCACACAUGCUGGGUGAAAUUCUGAUGCAGAUGUCUGACACGCAGAGACUACUGAGCUCUGAUUUGGAAGUUGUGGCUCAGACCUUCCACGUGGACCUGCUGCAGCAUAUGGAGAAAAACAGCAAAAUGGAUGUGCAGUUUAUCAGUGAGAGCCAGAAGCAGUAUGAGCUGGAAUACCAACGAAGAGCCACCAACCUGGAUAAGUGCAUGGCAGAGCUGUGGAGGAUGGAGAGGGCUCGUGACAAAAAUGCCCGGGAGAUGAAGGAGAAUGUGAUCCGACUGCGCUCGGAGAUGCAGGCGUUCGUCUCUGAGAGCCAGAGGGAGGCUGAGCUGGAGGAGAAACGCCGCUACCGCUUCCUGGCCGAAAAGCACCAGAUGCUCUACAACACUCUCCUCCAGUUUUACAGCAGGGCUCGGGGCAUGAUCCAGACCAAGGCACCACGGUGGAAGGAGCAGCUGGAAGCCAGCCGUAACCCCUCAAACAGCCACUCACAGGGGCUGCUCUCAGCCUCCCACGGCCAGGGGUAUCCAUCAGGACGGCUCACACCCACCCACCUCGAGAUGCCCCAGAGACCCCUUGGGGAUUUUUCUCCUUCUGUGACUGGGAGUAGAUCCAGCAUCUUCUCUCCGGACCCUCCAGAAAUGAGAAUGUCUCCUCAGCCAGAGUCUCCCAGACGGCCACUGCGGAGGACACCAUCAGCAGCCAGUUUGCUCGCUACGGGCCGCACGUCCCGUUCGGGUUCCUUUGGCGAGGCCAGCAGUGGCAGUGAGGGCAGGAAGAGGAGCGGCACAACAAGAGUUCAGGCCAUUGUGCCCCACACGACGGGUGCCAACCGGACCCUGCUGCGGUUUGAGGCCGGGGAUGUCAUCACGGUGCUGAGGCCAGAGGCGCAGAAUGGCUGGCUCUACGGCAAACUGGAAGGCUCAUCCACGUGUGGCUGGUUCCCUGAAGCUUAUGUCAAGCCUUUGGAGAAUACGAGGGAGAUUGAGGAGCCAGACACCAGGUCCUUCCCGCUGCGAAGCAGUCACAGUAUGGAUGACAUCCUGGACCGUCCCAGCACUCCAUCCUCCAGCAAUUAUUGGCCUGCUGCUGCCCAGCCCAGCUUGCCAAACCCACCUCCCCUCUCAGUGGGUGCCAGCAGUCACCAGAGUGGGGCGGCUGCCCCAGUCAAUUCUGGCUCCAAGAAAUCAGGAGUAUUUGACCAGCCCCCUGAACUCUUCCCACGAGGUACCAACCCCUUUGCCACAGUCAAGCUGCGCCCCACAGUCACCAACGACCGCUCGGCACCCAUCAUCCGGUGAAAAAGGGCUGGGGGCAGUGAAGAAUUUCAGCAGAGAAGGAGGAGGAGAAGUGAUAAUGCUGUGACCUCCAGCUGUGCAGCAACCUAGUGCUACCACUCAUGGAGUGAACUCUCUUUUCCCCUCCCACACCUCUGGGACAACAGGACCCAUCUCACCUGGGUGUCUGGUGUGCUUUAGCCAGAAGCAGAUCUCUGCUGCCCUUUCUGGAUUCAUCCCUGCUUCCCUCCCCUUGUAGUGUUGCUGUACUUGAGUGGGAGGGAGCAGUCUGGUGUUACUGGGACAGGUGGCCUGGGAGAGGCCAGUGAUGGCCGAUGAUGCUGAAGAUGGAGGUAGGGCUGGCUAAGAUCAUCUGCAGCCAGGGCAGUGCUGUUGGGAUGUUGAAGGUGAAGCUUUGCUAUCUCUGCUGUGAGCAGAAAAGAACUCUCUUUUUCCUUUGCCACCAGAAGAACAAACUCCAAAAGAGAAGGCUACAAGAAGGCUUCCAGUGAUGUGGUCCAGCUGACAGGGUUUUGUCUUGGCCUCUUUGACAACAGUGCCCACUUGUAGCAGUACCUGCUCCUUCUCACCCCAGCUGCAACCCCUUACCUUGCUGGGCAGUGCUGGGGCAAGGCAGGGGCAGGUGACAGUGUCCAGCACCACUGCCCUGUUCCUUCAUUACUGUCCUGUGGAAAACAUAUGUUGGGUUUUUUUUAAAUAAAAUGGAGAAUGCA